AGCGACUGGAGCCGCGCUGGGAGCCGGCCCGCGCUGCGGGAGAGCGGCACCGGCCUUUGCCGUGGUCACCGCCGAGCUGCGGCACGGCGCCGGAGGCCCGGCCCGCCCCGAGGUCGCGCUGCCUGCGGGCUGCCCUCCCCGCUGCCCGCCCUGCCUGCCUUCCCGGCCCCUGCCUCCCUGCCCGCCCCGCUAGACACCUUGCCUGGCCCUCUGCCUGCCUCGCCAGCCUCUCCCACCGCUCCUCUUGCCUGGUUCUGGCCCUCCUGCUUGUCUCCUGCCUGCUGCCUUGCCAGCCAGUCCCGCUUCUCAGGUGUGAGGCGAGUGUCUGUGUCAAACGCGUCAGGCUCCUCUUCCCUGCAAAGUCUUUUGAUCAGAGCCGGGCUCAGAUGAGCGCGUGUCUCCAGGUGCGCGCUUAGGUGAGAGAUGUGAUUUUUUUAGUUUGUUUUUUAAGUUGAUGUGAGCCUGAGAAUAAGGCAAACCUGUGUUUUUCCGCUGAGGGGUAGGUACCAGAGGGUGUGGAAGACAUUAAAUGCCGAUCUCUCGAUGUCUUCUGCUUCUGUCCUACUUCAGCGUAAGCAAAAAGUUGCAGAGCAGGGGUGACUUUCCUGCUUUGCCUUCAGGUGUGGAAACGGAAGAAGCGUCUCGGAUUUGGUUUAAAUUGCAACACAGAAGGACACAUGGAAAAUGCUGGAAAUGAUUGCACAGGCUUAAUAAACACCGUUCCACCUUCUCUGCUGCACGCAAACGUGUAACUUGCUGUACCGCAGGUAUGGCAGUUGGUGUUGCAGUUGCUUUGUUGACCUUAAACCUGUGCUGCCCUGAAGUUUGGAGGAGCUGAAGAGGUGUUUGUGUUUGCUGACUAUCAUUUUCCUGUGGGCUGUUAAUUUAGCAAACUGCGUAAAGUGAGUUUGGAGUCUGCCGUCACUUGGCUUUUUUUGUGUUGGGUUCUUAUGCUUCACGGUCACAUUAACAGCCAAGCUUUUUUUGGAGGUUGUGUGCUCCUCCGAUGUUUUUCCUGUGGUUUGAUGAAUUUAGAGUGUUUUGAAAACAUUCUGGUUUUUUAAAUGGCUCUAGUUUGGGAGAAGGGUGCGUGUGUAAAGGAACGGAAGAGAUGUCUGUGGGUGUUGGAAAACAGCUGAGGGAAGAGAGACUGUGUAAUAAGGGUACCAGGGGGUUGGUAUAAUCAUACCGACAACCUGUGGGUGAAUGGAUUUAAAAAUAGUCUUAUGAUUGGGUGUCUAAAACACAAGGGCUGAAUUCUAGGUAACUCUGAGCAUCUUUACAUCUUUCUAGAGCUGUGGAUACUCAACACUUAUUUUUCUUUCCCUCAGCAAAUCAAAAUCAUUGUUUAGGACCUCUGAAUGUUGGUCUUGAGGAGAGCUGCUGCAGAGAGGGGACUGGGGCUGUCCUGGGUGUUGGAUUUCAGCAGGAACUCUCUGGCCCCAGUGAUUGCUUCAGGCAGGGGAAUUUUAGCUCCUGAUAGCACAGCAGUAUGAGUCAGGAGCUGCAGUAAUUUCUUUUUGCUUGACCUGCAGCUAGUACACUGACUUAAGCAGUUCCCAUCGAGGGUGCGUGUUUCGGGCAUAUCUGGUGCGUUAAACUUUGCUUCAAGAGGUUGCAUAAAACAUAAGGUGAGCACCAACACAGCUUUGAGUGUGCGGUUACCUGAUGAAGCAGAUGGGCUUGGUACAGGUCGGACAGGUUUGCUGUUAGAAAAAAAAGCGCAGGAACCAGGAAUAAUUUUCUUCUAGUAACUUUGCAGCUAAUGGUAGGAAGAUGCGAUUGGGUUUGUACCUUCCUUACGUGAAACUGAUACCGAUACUUCACACUGCAGUGCUGUUCUCUGUUUUCCAGGUGAUGUGUAAGUAUUCCUGGUAGUUGUCUUGCGAAGGGAGAUUAUUUCUCGUGUUGUGUGGAAAGGUGAACUGAUGCAAACAGCUUACUCCAGGUACACAAUAAAUAAUGAGUGUUAGAGGAGUCCUUUGCUCUCUAGUUGUGCUUUAAAUCCGCUACUCCUUGCUGUUGUGCAGUUAAUGAUGAAGGCGUGUCUGCAUCAUGUGUUAGUGCUGCUAGGCCCGAGUUACCAUAAGGUAAUCAAACUUAAUUGAAAUCUGCAAUGCUUUGGCUAAGCAGAGUUGAUGCUUAACUUUGUGUUAAUUUUUGUAUGAUUUAGAGUGAGUAUGACAGACAGCGGGGUGGGUAACUUGCGGUCUAGCAUGACUCUGUCCAGUCAGUGUGGAAAGCAUUGCUGUUAGGAAAUGACACCUGCUUGGCACGCUUGUGGGUUGUUCUGCUUAAUGAUGGAAGAUUUUAGUUCUUUAUUUAUAUAUUUUUUAUCAUAGGCAAUUUAAACUGCUGGGGUUUUAGAGCAGAGAUUGUAAUUAUCCGUUAUUGUGUUGAAAUAGUUCCUGGCAAAGAUUUGCUCGUGUAUUGACUGGAGGUUGUGCAUGUAUUCCAAAUAAUCUCAGUUUGAAUUAAAAAAAAAAUCAUCUGUGCUGAGAUCUGUCACUUUGGGACCUCAUGUGUGCCUGUGGAAGCUUGCAUUUGCAUAGGCCUGCUGACCAAGAGGUCAUAUGUAAUAUUUUAUUGUCAUUCCUUUAUGACAUUACCUUUGAGAAAUAAUUUUUGAGAGAAGUAUUCAAGCUGGGAGGAUGCUCUGGGGUUUGUGUGUGUGUGGUUGGUUGCUUGUUUAUUUUUCUGCCUUCUGUUCCCGAAGGAAGGUGAUUGCUGUCUGACAAAUGGAGUGGGUUGAGCAGAGGGCCCCUGUGAUUCAGUCUCCUUGUUUAAGUGCUCUGUCCCUCCUCAGAUAAAGCUGUUAUCUGUCUUGCAGGUAAGACCUUGUCUUCAGUUUUUGGCUGUGGAAAGCAUAGUUGAGGUGUUCCCAGCAACAGUCUUCUUUUAGCGACUGAAGAAUGAAGCACUGUUCUUUCUUGCCAAGAUUUUCUCUGUUCUGUGGCUCACUCCUUCCUUCCAAGCUUAGUUCAAAAUGAGCCGUAGCUCUUCUGCCCGCUUGUAAGUGCAACUGGUAUGGGUAAUGGUGUGAGAGAAGGUCAAGUGGAUUUCAAACGGCAGGAUGUGGAGCCCAUUACACCAACCCAUCUCCCAUCAGAGGGUAACCAGGAGAAAAAGAAAGUACUCAACUCCCUGAUGUCUGGUGCAUUGGCUGGUGCUGUUGCUAAAACUGCAGUAGCUCCACUGGAUAGGACAAAAAUCAUGUUUCAAGUGUCUUCAAAAAGAUUUUCUGCCAAGGAAGCCUACAGGCUGAUUUAUCGCACCUACCUCAAUGAAGGCUUCUGGAGUCUCUGGCGAGGAAACUCAGCCACCAUGGUCCGUGUGAUCCCUUACGCUGCCAUUCAGUUCUGUGCACACGAAGAGUACAAGCAGCUCCUGGGGAGUUACUACGGCUUCCAGGGAAAAGCGCUGACACCCUUUCCUCGAUUCAUUGCUGGCUCUCUGGCAGGCACAACGGCUGCCAUGUUAACCUACCCCUUGGAUAUGGUCCGUGCUCGAAUGGCUGUCACGCCGAAGGAGAUGUACAGCAAUAUUGUUCACGUCUUCAUCCGAAUAUCCCGAGAGGAAGGAUUGAAGACAUUGUAUAGGGGAUUUACACCAACCAUCCUUGGAGUGAUUCCAUAUGCUGGGCUUAGCUUCUUCACCUACGAGACGCUGAAGAAACUACAUGCAGAUCACAGUGGGAAAUUGCAGCCAUCCCCUCCGGAGCGGCUUUUGUUUGGUGCCUGUGCGGGCUUGAUUGGCCAGUCGGCUUCUUACCCCCUGGAUGUGGUUCGCCGACGAAUGCAGACGGCGGGGGUUAUGGGACACACGUACAGUUCCAUCCUUCUCACCAUGCAGGAGAUUAUAAGAGAAGAGGGACUAAUCCGUGGCUUGUACAAAGGACUCAGCAUGAAUUGGGUCAAAGGUCCAAUUGCAGUGGGAAUAAGCUUCACAACCUUUGACCUGACGCAGAUCCUUCUCCGUAAAUUACAGCACAGCACUAAUGUUGAAAGGUAGUAGCUUAAUCCCCACAGCCCUUGCUGAGGAAAAGUACAACACGUGUAGAAAGAGCAAUGCUAGCAUUCCCUCACUUUGUACGUGCUCUCCUGCAGCUGAGAACUUACCUGUUGGUUUGGUUUUUUUCUGUUGUUCUUUUUAGUGAGCCUCUGAGUUAUGUGGAAAGCUCGACCUGAAGCUAACCUUUUCCUAAACAAAAUUCUUACGAUUCUGCAGAACUGAGUCCUCUAAAGUAGCUGCCUCACCCUUGUGUUUUAUUCUUUGAUACCAGGAGUGGAGCCUCUCAAACAAACAUGUGCUGCUGCUGGCUCCUCACCUGGUCUCUGUGGGCAGGUGAAGUGGUGGAUGAUGAAAGAGAGGACUCAGUGCUCGCAAUGAGCCUCUGAAUCUGGGAAGUGACUGCUCCUGGUAGGCAGUUUGUAGUUACUGAACACGUGUUAGCUGGAGGCAGUCUGCCAAGUGCAAUAUUCCAGUUAGUCUGUAGGGAAUUCCAUAUUCCUCUGACCUGUAAGCAUGGGUCUCCAUAAAACAGGACGCAGCAGGAUUUAACAGGUCUGGGUCAACUUCUUUUGUUCUGCAAGCUGGAUGUGAGCUCUGGCUGGAAAUGCUGCCCUUUUUCCAAUGUUCUUCUCAUUUCUGGGUUGAGUUGCAUAAAAUAUCCCUUGCUUGCAGCGUCCCUCUGAGAUUACCAAAGACUGCAGGCAGCAGGGAAGGAAAGUUCUGAGCCGUUUUGUAAAUCAAAUUCUCAUGUUUGUUGUCAGUGCUGUUGAGUAGGGGCCGUGCCUGGAUUCACAAACUGGAUUGAGUCAAACUGCAGUAAUGCUUUCGGGCUACCCAAACCCUUCUGUUGUUGUCAUGAUCUUAAAAGCAGUGUUUCCCGAGGGAUUUGGCAGACUGUAGUGUUGAUGCACUAGAAAAGGAAAUGUUACAUACUUAAAAUUUAAGCAGUUUUAUCCUUCAGUAUUAUUGUCGCAGCUUUAUGCACGUUGCAAGAACAAACAUCUCAAAGACGCACGUGUGAUAUAGCUAUCCUGAGAGGGCUGUUCACGUCUGGUGAAUGCAGCCUGGUAGUAGCCUCAAGCUGCUGGCCCUGCUUCUGAACAACCUUGUUGUCUUUUGGUGCCUGCUGUGUAGGUUGUGUUGCCUCCAUUCAACAGUCCACACCUAAACCCACUUGCUUUUAUGCCUAGAGUUCUUCUCGACCAACUGGGUCCUUGGGAGAAUGGGCACCACAGUCAGUAUUGACCCUUCAGAAAUUAUAUCUAGUGCCAAUCAUUUCCAGUCACAAUUUGAAAAUGAAUGGUAAAGUACCUUUCAGUGUUUCUAUUUCAAAUCAGUUUUCGGGGAAAUGGAGAUUUGGGGGUGGUUUUGUUUUAUGUUCCAUUCCUCUAUUAAAUUUGGAGUGCAAGAGAGGUCAGAGCAAACUUUAGACUUCUCUGAUAAUCAGAUUACAUAAACCAAGAUUAAAAAUCCCUUUCCAGCUGAUACAGUCUGUAACGUAUAAAAGAAAAAUAAGGCAUAAUUUAAAAGCUAUCCUUUUCUGUUGUAUAUAUUUUAGCCGUUGUAGUUUGAGCCUUGUGUCAUGGCUUUAUUAAUGAGAAUGGAGGUAAUUGCACAAUUGGUAGAAAUAGCUUUCUCCUUUCUUUUGUCUUUGCACUUGUUCUUUGGAGCAUAACUUGCUUCUAAUGCCAAAUAUUUCCCUAGGAAUUGAGCACCUACACUUCCAUUUUGUGGGCAUGGUGGAGAACCAGCAUACUGAAGUGUUAGCAUGCAUGUUGUUCCCAGAACACAUUGGAUCGAUCAUAUGUUAAUGGUUGUGGAUGGGUGGGGUAUUAACCUCAGUAAUUUCUCCCUCCAAGCCCACAAAUGAUGAUUUCCGUUGUAAAACUUAACUGCAGUCACUGAUUUACCUUGUAAUUAAAGAGACGUUAGGUGGUAUUGUUUUAAGAGUCUUUAGAGAUGAUAGCCAUGGAUUCUGUGCAUUUUUUGCUCCCAUUGCUAAUGGAAGAUGAUCAACUGUUCUCUUCAUUUGGGUGAAGUUUUGUUUAGUCCUUUGCAAGAGCUCUGACUUCAUUUCUCCAAUGGAGAAGCCAAUUACUUCUGCUCUUGUCUUUAUCUUGUCUGGCCCAGUGAGGAAAUACUAAGGCAGUUGCAUCCUACCACAAAAGUGAGGUACAGACCAGCAAUUAGAUGUGUCAGCAGUUGACUGUGCGUACAUGCGUGUGUGUGUCUGACUGUGUGUACAACCCACGCCGAGUUCUCUCUCAGCUUGGAGGCUGCCAGUUCAAAGCUCAGUCAUUCCUGCACUAUAUGAAGAUGAGAGGAAGCUGAACUGUGGCAUCCAAGUUAGAGCGGGCUCCUUUGCUCCACAGUACGGUAGGUCAUGUUGGAGACAAGCGCAGCAGACCUUGUCUUAUGAGAUGUUGAGCAUCGCUGAACCCCUAUGGUAACAGAGGUGGCUUAAUUCCUCCUGGGUCCUGACUGAGAAAGGAUUUACACUGGAUGACUAGCCUCUUGUUUGGGACUGAACGGGAGGGCAGAUCUGCACAUGGUACCUUCUGUCUCGUCAGGAGUGCAGCUAGUAUAUUAAACAAACAGGAAGCCUGCGGAGGAGGCAGCUUCGGGCUGGCUGACCCCGGCAUUGCCCACCUUGCAGCCGAAGCACGGUGCAGGCAGCUCAUCUAGAGCCUGGGGACUCUGAGUAAGAGAAACAAGACCUGAAGCACAGCCAGACUUGGAAGCAUUUGGCUCGGAUAAGUUGUUCCUUAAUUAGCAGCUGCACCUGAUUUUAAUUCAAUGGAAUUUUAGCCAAAUGUGUUUUUCCAAGUUUUGCAGGCUGUUUUGUUCAGAGACUGAUCUUUGAAUUCAGUCUGUAAUGGUUUUGGUGCUUUUGUUUCCUGGGCAAAAGUGUUCAGAGUAACUGUGUGUUAUUGCUUUGGGUUGUUUUAAAUAGCUGCUUUUGGGUUGUUUUUUUUUCUUCUCUGAUUUGAAUGUAGAAAAGGAGAAACAGUGUGUUCUCUUCCCUUCUCUUAAUCCUUGCAUGAAUCGAGACAUGUUCCAGAUCUCUCUGCUGCCUGGAAUGAGUGCCCGAGGAGUUUUGGGCAUGUUGAUUUGGAAAGGGAGGGUGCCUGUGUGCUGGCCUAGAAGGUCCAUUGCCUUUAGCUCUGAGAAAGGAGACAAGUCUAACAGGAAUAUUCUCUAGUCCUUCUUUAUUUUAGAACUUCUUUACUACCCCAAAUUCCUUAUUUUUUUUUCCAUUUUAUUCUUCUCAAAUUCCUUGCUUUUAUUUUCAAGUCAUGUUUCUCAUUUGUUCCUUAAUGCAUUACUGCCAAACAUUAAUUUGUGCUUUUUUUUCCUUGUCUAUUCUCUGUCUUUCCCUGCUUCUGCACCUUUAGUCCCGCACUAGCACUUCAAGAAAAUCAGGUCCAAUGAAAUGCAUCCAAAAUGACAAAAUUGCGGCUUUGAUAGCGAUGCCCAAACAGCCCAACUAGGCUUCCCACUCACAGGCAGGGAUGCCUAACGUUAAAGUCACUAGAUGAUGAGGCAGAAAGUUUUUUGGGUUUUUUGAAAGGUUCUUGAACUACUUGUCCAGCCUUCGCUUCUCCUAGCAUCUUUCCUUCGCAAGCUGUGAAAUGCUGCUGCUUUGUGUCAUUUCUUCUUUUUCCUUUUUCGGUAACUCCCCGUGAUGCCCACUUGCUCUGUAGAAGUGGCUGUUUGGGUAGCUGGCUUGGGGAGAGCUUGUCCUUCUGGGAGGCUCAGAGGAUCCCUUAGGGAACUUAAAUAUGUGGGAGGUGGGAUCUGAGCUGGCUUCUUGCAAACCUCUUUGCCCUGCACGCCCCGUGCAGACCUCUGCCAAUUCCCCAGGAAGGCAGAACUGCUGAAGAGCUGGCUGGUGGUUGGCAGGACCAUGGUGGAAGGAUCAGGAGAGGAGUUCUGGGUUCCUGAGGCACGAAGUGACUGCAAGCCACGGGGUGGGUCUGUGGUGUAGCAUUGGUGCUCCAUGGAAACUCUCCAAAGGCAGUUUCAUAGCUUCUGUGGAAAAGUAGUGGUACUUCUGUUAACUUCUUAUUGCCUUCCACCCAGAAGGACUCCAGCGCUAUCGUCUUUACCCUCUGACGUCUUUAACAUGAAAGCAGAUGAGGCACAAAAGGAAACUUUGAGCAGAAGCACUGUGGCAACCCGAAGCGAGUCUGGUGCCAGUCCUCGGCGGGCAGGAAGGGGAGGAAAUGCGGUGGGAUACUUCCCAUGCCAUUUCCCCGGUGCCUGACUGGGUACUUGGGCUCCGCAGGGAGCCAGGACGUGUGUUACGGACCUUCCCUGCCUGGACUGGGCCGGAGGAGGAGGUGGCCUUCCUACAAAAUAGCCUUUUUUUUUUUUUUUUUUUGUAGGGGCUGAUUCCUCCUGCUACCCCUGUCUCCCCCUUAAAUGCCAUGUGAUGCAGGGUUUCCCAGCACUGUUCACUGCCUGUGUCGUCUAUGCAUAUAUUAGCACAAACACUGUUAAAUGCCUUUUGUCAAGACGUGUCCUCACCAUCAAUGUGUGUGUGUAUGCGUGUGUGUCAAUUUUGACUGCUUUUCUUGGAUCUGGAGUUCUAUUUUAUUGCAGUGAAGACACUUUGUUAUAUAAUGUUUAUAUAUUUUAAGAUUUGUGCCAAGAGAAGAUGUAUAUUUAAUAAAAAAUUAUAAUUGAC